AAAGAACUCAUGAACAAUGCGGCAUUAAAAUCCUAAAACCCUUUUCUAUACAUGCAUGUGACUCUGUUGUGAAAAUGUUUAAAAAUACUAAAACCCCAUUAAUUGCAAAAAAAUAAAAUAAAAAUCAAAUUCUCAUUAUUCUUCCAUUCUCUUUUUAUUUUUCUUUGUGUGUUGUUGUUGUGAAUUGAACCAUCCAUCAUUUCAAUUCAACAGUGGCUAUGCCGGCAAUCCAAAAAUCGCGGACCGGUGAACAAACAACGGGGCCGUAUCAACCAGCGCCGCCGCUACUCGUCUCCGACUCGUUCGCCAAAGACGCAAUUCUUGCAUGGUUUCGCGGUGAGUUCGCCGCCGCCAACGCAAUAAUCGAUUCUCUGUGCGGCCACCUCGCUCAAGUUGCUUCGUCUUCCAAUGAUUACGAUUCGGCGUUUGCUGCUAUCCACCGCCGGCGUUUCAAUUGGAUCCCUGUUAUUCAGAUGCAGAAGUAUCACUCCAUAGCUGAUGUUUCUCUCGAACUGCGUAAGGUCGUUGAGAAGAAAGCCGACUCUCUUGAUGGAGAGACGAAGAUCUCAGAGGAACGGGAAAUCGUUGAGGAAGUGGUGGAAUGCGUCGGAAAUGAAGGGGAGGAAGCUCCGGCGGAGAUGACGGAGGUGUGUCAUUCGCCGGACAGUGAGAUCACUGAUUCAGGAUCGCAGCAAAUACAACACAGUUUUAUCAACAAAAGUAUAUGUUCAAAUCAUGAAGAAUGUGAAGGACGUUCUUCACAGAUAAAGUUGACCAAAGGCUUCACAACAAGGGAGUUCAUGAAAGGGCAUCCGGUGAAUGCCGUGAAAGGAUUGAGGUUGUAUGAAGAUAUUUUUUCUGAAUCAGAAAUGUGCAAGCUGACUGAUUUUGUGAAAGAGAUCCACGCUGCUGGCCAGAAAGGAGAACUUUCAGGUGAUACUUUUAUAUUAUAUAACAAACAGAUCAAGGGGAACAAGAGAGAGCUGAUUCAGUUAGGUGUUCCCAUAUUUGGACAGAUAAAAGACGACGUCAAAAGCAACAUUGAGCCAAUUCCAUCACUUCUCCAAGGUGUCAUUGAUCACCUUAUUCAGUGGCAAUUAAUUCCAGAGUACAAAAGGCCAAAUGGCUGCAUCAUCAACUUCUUUGAGGAGGAGGAGUUUUCUCAGCCAUUCUUGAAACCACCGCAUUUGGAUCAACCUCUAUCCACCCUUCUUCUCUCUGAAUCUACCAUGGCUUUUGGGCGUAUUCUUAUGAGUGAAAAUGAUGGGAAUUACAAAGGUCCACUCAUGCUCCCUUUGAAGCAAGGAUCUCUUUUAGUGAUGAAAGGAAACAGCGCUGACAUGGCAAGGCAUGUGAUGUGUCCAUCCCCAAACAAAAGGGUGAGCAUUACCUUCUUUAGAGUGAGAGAAGACUCCUAUCAAGGCCCAUCAACAAGUCCUCCAACUACGACUUCUGCGAUGACUCUUUGGCAACCCAGCAGUGGCAGUCCAGAUGCUUUGUCAAAUGGAGCACUGGGGGGAUGCGACGCUAUGGAUAUGAUGCCCAAAUGGGGUACUCUCGGUGCUCCAAUGGUCAUGCUAGCCCCUAUGCACCGUAUGCCGCUGAGUCCGUGUGAACUUCCUCGCGGUGGAACUGGGGUUUUCUUGCCUUGGAAGGGGCAGCCCAAAAAACAACCACGGCAUCUUCCACCGCGAGCCAACAGAGGUCGACUUAUUGCAUUACCUUCCCCUGUGGAAUCACCCAGGGAAGUAGCUGCUUCUGAACCCACCAUUACUGUUGAAGGAUAGGCAUGAUUUCCGACUCAGAGCAGCCUUGGGUUUAAAGAAAUGUGAAUCGAGAAAGGGGCUUUCAUGCCUCAGUUAUGUGCUCUAGACUCUGGAGUAACUUAUUUUGUUGUACAAAUGGGCCCAGGUGCUGCUGCCAGAAGAGUUCAUUUCAUUCAUUUUCUUCAUACUUUUCUUUGUAGUUGCUUUUAGAUAUCUUAGACGGUAGUGUUCAUGAAUAGUUUAUUGUGGGUUCCGAUCAGCUUAUAUAGGUUUUGGAGAUGUUUAGCUUCCUAGUUUGGCGAAAUGUGAAUUAAUAUCAAAGGGUAAAAUUUUGUAUGAAUGGUUAUUUACAUUUUCAUUUUAGACUAUCAAAUCAUCACGAGGAUGCCUGGUUUGAGUCAUUUACUUAGUAAUCGGUCUUCGUGAAAUAUUACGAUUAUUAUUAUUUAUAAAAA